AUGGUAGAUACAGAACUGAUUUCAGAUGCAAAAAAUAUGUUCAAAUUUGGGUUCCUAAGGGAACAUAUGUUAUUGAUACUAACCAUCAAGGACCUAAGAAAGUUUGGGUACCUAAAACAAGGAAAUUCUUCUACAGAAAAGAAAAAUGAAGGUUGUGUCACUUUUGGAGAUAACUCAAAGGGAAAGAUCCUUGGUAAAGGAUCCGUUGGUAAUCCCUCUUCUUUUCAUAUUAAAAAUGUUUUAUUAGUUGCUGGUUUGUCUUUCAAUCUAAUUAGCAUUAGCCAACUAGCUGAUAUGGGAUAUAUAAUAGUCUUUGAUGGUGAUAAAUGUCUCAUUUCUGGUAGGUUUAAUAAUAUGGUAAUCACUGGUAAGAGAAGUGGAAAUGUAUACAUGAUAGACAUGCAUGAUUUGAAGUCUAGUUCUCUAAAAUGUUUUGCUGCAUCUGACUCAAGUUUUGAAACCUGGCAUAGGAGGCUUGGUCAUAGAGGAAAAACUUCAAUUUUAAAAUUGCCAAGGUACACACAGUAUCACUCUCAGGAGCACAUUAUUGGUGAUCUAGCUCAAGGAAUGGCAACAAGGUCCUCUCUAUCUGAUGCUUUUAAUUCUCUUGCACUAAUUUCCAUGUCUGAUAAUUUUGAUUCUUUUGCACUCAUUUCACAAAUAGAACCUAAGAAUAUAUCUAAAGCAUUACAAGAUACUGAUUGGAUAAUAGCAAUGCAGGAAGAGUUAAGUCCAUUUGAGAGAAAUAAUGUAUGGAACUUAGUCCCACAACCAGAAAAUAAAACAAUAAUUGGAAGUAGGUGGGUAUAG